AUGCAUGAAGGGACCACGCAGCCUCGCCUCCUCUGCGCAGACCCCGGUGCAGCGGCGCAGAGGGGGCACACCAAGCCUCAUGGACACCAGGCGCCAACGUCAGGCACCGAACACUACCGGCGGGAGACGCUGCGCGGCAGUGGUGCCUGGGGACUGCUGCUGCGCCGCGUGGGUGACGACGUGCUCACCCACCUGCUGGCACGCUGCGCGCUUUACCUGCUAGUGCCUCCCAACUGUGCCUACCAGGCCGGCUGCCCUUCCUCUCGGCCCUCACGUCCCCUGGACGCUCCUGGUCCCCGAGUGGUCGCCGAGACCAAGCAGUUUCUCUACUGCUCGGGUGGCAGGGAACGGCUGCGCUCCUCCUUCCUGCUCAACUCCCUGCAGCCCAGCCUGACGGGGGCCCAGAGACUAGUGGAAACCAUCUUUCUGGACUCGAAGCCCCUGCAGCGGGGGACAUCCCGCAGGACGCGCCGCCUUCCCACGCGCUACUGGCGGAUGAGGCCCUUGUUCCAGGAGCUGCUGGGGAACCAUGCGCGGUGCCCCUACGGCGCGCUGCUCAGGGAGCCCUGCCUGCGUGGAGUGGGUGUCAGCGCCCCGGAAGAGGACACUGGCCCGCCGCGCUUGGUCCAGCUGCUCCGCCAGCACAGCAGCCCUAAGCACGUGUACGGGCUGCUGCGGGCCUGUCUUCGCAGGCUGGUGCCCGCUCGCCUCUGGGGCUCCAGGCACAACGAGCGCCGCUUCUUGAAGAACGUGAAGAAGUUCAUCUCUCUGGGGAAGUUCGCCAAGCUCUUGAGUCAGGAGCUGACCUGGAAGAUGAAAGUGCAGGACUGCGCCUGGCUGAGCCAAAGCCCAGGGGGUCGCUAUGUCCCAGCCACGGAGCACCGUCUGAGAGAAGCCGUCCUGGCCAAGUUCCUGUGCUGGUUGAUGGGCACAUACGUGGUUGAGCUGCUGAAGUCGUUUUUUUAUGUCACGGAGACCACGUUUCAGAAGAACCAGCUCUUCUUUUUCCGGAAGAGCAUCUGGAGCCAAUUGCAAAGCAUUGGGAUCAGACAACACUUCGAUCGGGUGCAGCUUCGUGAACUGUCGGUGGCUGAGGUCAAGCGAUACCAGGAAGCCAGGCCUGCUCUGCUGACGUCCAGACUCCGCUUCCUCCCCAAGCCCAGCGGGCUGCGGCCAAUCGUGAACAUGGACUACGUCGUGGGAGCCAGAACGUUCCAUGGGGACAAGAAGGUGCAGCAUCUCACCUCCAAAGUCAAGACGCUGUUCAGCGUGCUGAACUAUGAGCGAGAGCAGCGCCCUGGCCUCCUGGGCGCCUCUGUGCUGGGCAUGGACGACAUCUAUAGGGCCUGGCGUGCCUUUGUGCUGCGCAUGCGGGCCCAGGACCCAGUGCCUCAGCUGUACUUUGUCAAGGUGGACGUGAUGGGUGCGUACGACGCCCUCCCUCAGGGCAGGCUGGUGGAGGUGAUCGCCAACGUGAUCCAGCCCCAAGAGCACACAUACUGCCUGCGCCAGUACGCUGUGGUCCAGAGAACUGCCCGCGGACGCGUCCGGAAGUCCUUCAAAAGACACGUGUCCACCUUCACGGACCUCCAGCCUUACAUGAAACAGUUUGUGCAGCAGCUGCAGAAGACGAACUCGCUGAGGGAUGCCGUGGUCAUCGAGCAGAGCUGCUCCCUGAACGAGGCCAGCAGCGACCUGUUCGAUGUCUUCCUGCACCUGGUGUACAACCACAUCAUAAGGAUCGGGGGCAAGUUUUACAUCCAGUGUCAGGGGAUCCCCCAGGGCUCCAUCCUGUCCACCCUGCUGUGCAGCCUGUGCUACGGAGACAUGGAGAGCAGGGUGUUCCCCGGACUCCAGCAGGACGGGGUGCUCCUGCGUUUAGUGGACGACUUCUUGCUGGUCACCCCUCACCUGACACAAGCGAAGGCCUUUCUCAGGACCCUGUCCAGGGGAGUGCCCGAGUACGGCUGCAAGGCGAACUUGCGGAAGACAGUAGUGAACUUCCCCCUGGAAGACGAUGCCCUGGGCAGCACGGCACCCCUGCAGCUGCCAGCCCACUGCCUGUUCCCCUGGUGUGGCUUGCUGCUGGACACGCGGACCCUGGAGGUGUUCUGUGACUACUCCAGUUAUGCCCAGACCUCGAUCAGAGCAAGUCUCGCCUUCAGCCAGGGCUCCAAGCCUGGGAGGAGCAUGCGUCGAAAGCUCUUUGCGGUGUUAAGGCUGAAAUGUCACAGUCUGCUUCUGGAUCUGCAGGUGAAUGGUCUUCAGACGGUUUGCACAAACGUUUACAAGAUAUUCCUGCUGCAGGCCUACAGGUUCCACGCCUGUGUGCUCCAGCUCCCGUUUAAUCAGCACGUUCGCAAGAACCCCUCGUUUUUCCUCCGCGUCAUCUCUGACACCGCGUCACGCUGCCACACCCUUCUGAAAGCCAAGAAUCCAGGGAUGCCUCUGGGGACCAAGGGUGCUGCAGGCCCGUUUCCUUCUGAAGCCGCAAGGUGGCUGUGCUUUCACGCCUUCCUGCUGAAGCUGUCUCGCCACAGCGCCACCUACAGGUGUCUCCUGGGAGCACUCCAGACUGCCCAAGCGCAGCUGUGCCGGCAGCUCCCGAGGGCGACGCUGGCCACCCUGGAGGCUGCAGCCGACCCAGCCCUGACCACAGACUUCAGGACCAUCUUGGACUGAUGUCCAGUCAGCUUCUCACAGGCCCUCGAGCUCAUUCCCAGCUGCGUCCACCCAGAGGGUCUGGCCCCUGUGCCCCGAGACCCCGACCUGUGCUGCUGGCUGGGCUGCUCCCUGGAGGGGGUUGCCCCCAAGUCAUCGAGGAAGCAGAGCCCACCCAGCUCCACCCCCACCGCCCCUUUCUAGUGACAGGUUUGUCCUUCAGCUGCCCGCUGCCAGGAGGAGGCAGGUACGAGAGCCUGGUUGGGGCGUUGGCAUCUGGAAGGGAAGCAUCAGGGACCUUUGUCACCCUCCUUGCUGCGGGGUCACCCUGGUCUGCAGUGAUGGCCCACGUGUGGUGGGUGUGUGUGACCUCCUUCCUGCUGAUCGGCUGUGACUCAAGCCGUCCACACCCGCUGGAGCAGCAUUCCCCCAGCUGGCCCCCAGCUGCAUCCAAAGUCCAUGUCUCAACAAACUUGCCCAGAAGCAAAGGGCCCAGUCAGCUGUUUGAGCCCGUUCCCCACCAUCCACACCCACGCUUCUGACCUGCGUGUCCCCAUGCCCUGCCCAGGCCUCCUGGAGCCAAGCACACAGCACCCCCCGCCCCUGCCCCCACCCCCGCCUGCCACUUCCACUUCCGGAGUCUUCUGCUGGCCCCACUCAGCACACAGCCCCGCGUGGCCCCUCCUGCACUACCUCCUGCCCCCACCCCAGGCAUGGGGUGAGAGAAGAGCCUUUGUAUAUUUUCUUAGUUUUUAAAUAUUUCUCUUAUGUUUGUAUUAAAAUAUGCACC